GUGGACAUGAGCAAAGUAAAUUUGGAGGUUAUAAAGCCUUGGAUAACAAAACGAGUAACAGAAAUCCUUGGGUUUGAAGAUGAUGUUGUGAUUGAAUUUAUAUUCAACCAGCUGGAAGUGAAGGCCUGAACCAAAAUGGAAGUUAUUCCUUGCGUCUGAAGUAUAGCACCAUCACCUUAUUAGGUCACAGCAGAGUGAGUGUCCCAAUGUCGCUCUGACCCAACUCCCUUGAUGAUGCAGUGUGUGUUUGGAGAUAAAUGAUAUAACAUUAAACUCAAGGUGGUUGAGUUGCAGUAGGGAGUCGGAAGCAAGCCAAGGGAACAUCUUUCUCUACAGGGGACUUGGCGAUUCCAAACCCCCAAGGUUCCAAGAAGAAACUGAAGACACCUGGAAUCUGUACUUGCUUUGUGCUAUUGAGCUGUGCUUGUUAUAUGGACUUUGUUGCUUGAUCGACAGAUUUUAGCAUUUUAAAAACGCAGUUAUUUUUGAGAAAUCUUUAGCCUUUUGUGGACAGUUGAGAAUUAUUAGCAUUGUUAUGAUAGAUUGUCCUUGUGUAGAAGUUAGGCUUUCAGCUUAGUCUUCAACAAUUACAGAGUGCAUGCAUGACUUGUUAGUUUUCAUUACUGGACAGUAAAUAUUUCAUAGAAAGCUAUCUGUAGUAUAGAGAAGUAUACAGUUUAUGUACUUUUCCUAUUUUCUCAUUGGGGGAAUAUUUUCAGGCAAGCAAAUAUUAGUGCAAGAAUUUGUGGAUAUUCCAUGAUGGUUUUUAAAGUUAAUAAAAUUAUAAGUCCCACUAACAGCCACAUAGUCUAAAAUACUUAAAAAAUCCAGAGGAUUAACAGGCUGCUCUGAUGCUUAUGGUAGAGAGAUUUUGGCAACCUAAAGAUUAUAUUGCUCAGAAACUACUAUAUAAAGUUACUUUUAAAGCAAUAAAGAAUAUAUAUCUGAGCCCCUAUGGCAGACUUAAAUACUAAUUUAAAUGAGUUUUAGGUUGAUAGGUUUGUUUGUUUUGAAGUAACCUGUUUAUCUUCCUGUCGUGUCUUUUUACAGAAUCCAGACUCCAAAAUGAUGCAAAUCAACCUGACUGGGUUUUUGAAUGGGAAAAAUGCUAGAGAAUUUAUGGGAGAGUUGUGGCCCCUGCUCUUAAGUGCACAAGAAAACAUCGCUGGAAUCCCUUCUGCUUUCUUAGAACUGAAGAAGGAAGAAAUAAAACAGAGACAGAUUGAACAAGAAAAAUUGGCAUCUAUGAAAAAGCAAGAUGAAGACAAAGAUAAGAGGGAUAAGGAAGAGAAAGAAAGCAGCAGAGAAAAAAGAGAGCGGUCCCGAAGCCCAAGAAGACGCAAAUCCAGAUCUCCUUCCCCUAGAAGACGAUCUUCCCCUGUCAGGAGAGAGAGAAAGCGCAGUCAUUCUCGAUCUCCCCGUCACAGAACCAAGAGCCGGAGUCCUUCCCCUGCUCCAGAAAAGAAGGAAAAAACUCCAGAGCUCCCUGAACCAUCAGUGAAAGUAAAGGAACCUUCAGUACAAGAGGCCACUUCUACUAGUGACAUCCUGAAAGUUCCCAAGCCUGAACCUGUACCAGAACCUAAAGAGCCUUCUCCAGAGAAAAAUUCCAAAAAGGAAAAAGAAAAGGAGAAGACGCGACCAAGAUCUCGGUCACGAUCCAAAUCCAGAUCUCGAACACGUUCUCGUUCUCCUUCUCAUACUCGACCAAGACGACGCCACAGAUCCCGAUCACGAUCAUACUCACCAAGAAGGCGGCCAAGCCCAAGAAGGCGUCCAUCUCCUCGAAGACGGUCUCCACCAAGACGAAUGCCACCUCCACCACGGCAUAGAAGAAGCAGAUCUCCAGUGCGAAGAAGAAGGCGUUCAUCAGCAUCUUUGUCUGGGAGUAGUUCAUCGUCAUCUUCAUCUCGUUCCCGGUCACCGCCAAAGAAGCCUCCUAAGAGGACAUCCAGCCCCCCUCGGAAAACUCGUAGGUUGUCUCCUUCAACAAGUCCUCCUAGGCGAAGGCAUAGGCCGUCACCUCCAGCAAGUCCACCGCCAAAAACUCGUCAUUCCCCAACACCCCAGCAGUCAAACCGUACAAGAAAAAGUCGUGUUUCUGUCUCUCCAGGGAGAACUUCAGGUAAAGUCACAAAGCAUAAAGGUACCGAGAAAAGAGAGUCCCCUUCACCAGCACCCAAGCCUCGAAAAGUGGAGUUAUCAGAGUCAGAAGAAGAUAAAGGUGGCAAAAUGGCUGCAGCAGAUUCUGUACAACAAAGACGCCAGUACCGAAGACAGAACCAGCAGUCUUCAUCUGAUUCUGGCUCCUCAUCUUCUUCAGAAGAUGAGCGACCUAAGAGAUCACAUGUGAAGAAUGGUGAGGUAGGCAGACGACGGAGACAUUCCCCUUCCCGGAGUGCUUCUCCAUCACCAAGGAAGCGCCAGAAAGAGACUUCCCCUCGGAUGCAGAUGGGAAAGCGAUGGCAAUCGCCAAUGACUAAAAGUGGUAGUAGACGUAGGAGAAGUCCCUCCCCGCCUCCCACCAGAAGACGACGGUCUCCUUCUCCUGCUCCUCCUCCUCGACGUCGCAGGUCUCCCACACCACCACCACGACGAAGGACUCCCUCUCCUCCCCCGCGUCGACGCUCACCUUCCCCAAGAAGAUAUUCUCCUCCGAUACAGAGGAGAUACUCGCCAUCUCCACCUCCAAAAAGAAGAACGACUUCUCCCCCUCCCCCUCCUAAACGAAGGGCAUCUCCAUCUCCACCACCAAAGCGUCGGGUCUCCCAUUCUCCUCCCAAACAAAGAAGCUCCCCUGUCACCAAGAGACGUUCACCUUCAUUGUCAUCAAAGCAUAGGAAAGGAUCUUCCCCAAGCAGAUCUACCCGGGAUGCCCGGUCACCACAACCAAACAAACGGCAUUCGCCUUCACCACGGCCUCGAGCUCCUCAGACUUCCUCUAGUCCUCCACCUGUUCGAAGAGGAGCAUCAUCAUCACCCCAAAGAAGGCAGUCCCCAUCUCCAAGUACUAGGCCCAUUAGGAGAGUCUCCAGGACUCCGGAACCCAAAAAAACAAAAAAGACUGCCACGCCGAGCCCUCAGUCUGUAAGGAGGGUUUCAUCUUCCCGUUCUGUCUCAGGAUCCCCUGAGCCAGCAGCGAAAAAGCCCCCAGCACCUUCAUCCCCUGUCCAGUCUCAAUCACCCUCUACUAACUGGUCCCCGGCCGUACCAGUCAAAAAGGCUAAAAGCCCAACACCAAGCCCAUCACCGGCAAGGAAUUCGGACCAAGAAGGAGGUGGGAAGAAAAAGAAGAAAAAGAAGGAUAAGAAACACAAAAAAGAUAAGAAGCACAAGAAGCACAAAAAACACAAGAAAGAAAAGGCUGUAGCUGCAGCUGCUGCAGUCCCUGUAACCCCUGCAGCCCUUGCUGCUCCCACAACCACAUCAGCACAGGAAGAACCUGAAGCAGAGCCAGAGCCCAAGAAGGAGAUUGAAAGUGAAGCUGAAGAUAACCUGGAUGACUUAGAAAAGCACCUGCGUGAAAAGGCCCUGAGAUCAAUGCGGAAGGCUCAAGUGUCCCCACAGUCUUAGGUGGAAAUGUUUGUUACGAUGUAAAUUUUAUUUGGUUUGUAAGCAAUUCAAUUUCAAAAUUGCUAAAAUGUGUUUGAGCUUUAGACUAUAACAUUUGUUGUAAUAAUUGCUAGGUUGAAAUUCGCCAUGUAAAAAGGGGGCAUGGAUUUACAUUGCAAAAGGUAUCCACAGUGUAUUAGUGCAUUCUUUCAAUGACAGCUGACAUAAAUUCAUUUAGGAUGAAAUAUUUUAAGCCAAAAAAAAUUCCCUUUUUAAAAAAGGGGGUUUAAAUAUUGUUGGCAUUCUUAUGGUUCAUUUAAAUGCCCCUGGCUAUUCCCAGAGGGUUGUUUGUAUUUUGGGUUUUUUUGAUGGUUUCGUUGGAAUUUUUUGAUUUUUGUUUUUGUUUUCUGUUGGUUUUGUUUUUUUUUUUUCCAAAUUUUCUUCUUUUCUUUCUCAUUUGAGUCUUGGUUCCCAUUUAAGUUAUGAUGCUUCCAACCUUUUUUAUAUGGUUUGCAAGCUUGUCCAGAAGUAAGACCACUGUUGAACUACCACAAAAGUAUAAACAAUUUUAAUGCCACAAUCUUUCCUGUUGCCUGUGGAGUCUCUGCUGAAAUAAAUCAGGAUUUGAGCUCUUUAUAGGAUGAGUCAGAAAAUAAAAGCAUGGUUUUUUGCCAGGACACUGUGGGGUUAUAUUGAUGUGUAACAACUUGAUUUGGAACACUGGAAUUUCAUUCUCUCUUCUCUCUCUUUUUUUUUUGUAAAGGCAAUUAACUAUUCCCAGGAAGGAUCCUUCACUGAUAGAAAAUUUUGUUUUAUGAAAUGUCAUGGCUCCAUUCAUAAUUUUGUCAGUUCUUCCAAUUGAUAUAUACAACUUUCAGAGCUCUUGUAUUUGGAAAGCUGGAAGGGCCCAGACUUUGAAAUUGUGUCUUUGUUUUCACUGUUUUUGUUUUUUGUUUUGUUUUUUUAAACUAAAGCUAUAUAAAGCUUGUGGAUUAAACAGAAUAAAUUUCUAAAUUUAAAAAUGUUGGUCACUUAAAUUUACUUGAUCAGUACUGCAGGGAGCAUACCUUUCUUUGAAAAUUUUCAACUGAUUUCCUUUUACCUUAACACCUUUGGCAAAGUGAAAAUUGAACAAGGGCAAUAAAAGAUAAAAUUAG